AUGGACCCCAAGGCCACCGCUAUCGUUGACCUGACCCACGACUUGGACGGCACGACUGUGCUGACCUGCACUGGUCACCCUUCGUUUUGCUGCCAGAGGGUCCUCACUAUUGAGGAGUAUGGCUCGAACGUAUCGACCAUCCAGCUGGGCUCACAUACUGGCACACAUAUCGACGCACCAUAUCAUUUCUUCCACGACGGCAAGACCGUGGAUCAGCUCCCGGUGGAAACCUUCGUCGGACCGGUCCUCGUGAUCGAUCUCACCGGGAAAAAUCCUCGCCAGCGCGUCACAUGGGAGGACUUCAACGCGUAUCAAUCCAGGAUGAAGGAGGGCGUCGUCGUCCUCUUCCGCUUUGGGUGGUCGGCCCACUGGGGAUCACAAACCUACUUUGACCACCCGUUCCUCGACAAAGAGGCCAUCACCCGCGUGAUGGACACCGGUGUGCGCGUCAUCGGCGUAGACACCUUAAGCCCGGAUGAAACAAGUCUUGAUGGGGCCUUCGACGUUCACAGAGUAGUUUUGGGAGCAGGCGGUGUGAUUGCCGAAAACCUCACAAACCUCGAUGCGCUUGAGGAAUGGGGUUUUAUCGUGAGCUUACUGCCAUUGUAUCUCCGCGGAAGCGAUGGCUCCCCUAUACGAGCCGUGGCUUGGAGGCAGUAA